AUGAAUGAUAUCAUUUAUCUUAGUUCAGACGAGGAGGAUGAUGAAAUAGUCGACCACACUGAUGUGUUUGACGAUGAGAAACCGAACCUUACUGGUCAUCGGAAACCAGUUUCCUCGAAUGUGAUGGUGGAGGAAGAGGACGACGAUUGUGUAGUCUUGGAUGGUGAUCCUUACAAGACGAAGGAGAAGGAGACUACAUUUCACACAUGUGAAACUGAUGAUGAUAUCCUCGUACUAGGGCAAAAGGGUGAGAUAGCAUGUAGAGACUUCCCACAUCCACGACAUGCCUGCGCUAAGUACCCUUUCAAGUCGACAUCACACGACCAGUACUGUGACAUGUGUCACUGUUAUGUUUGUGACAUACGUGCUCCAUGUCCUCACUGGUGCAUAGGUAUCCCCGCCUAUGAUCACUGCCAUGCCAAUGAUAAAGAUCAGAUAUGGAAGAAUCAACGCAAAUGCGCCAGGACCGGAAAUGUACUUCCACCUCAAUCUAUGCAACAAAACACUUGGUAUUCCUCUGUAAACCAGUUUGGGCCAUCUACUAUGGUUGCGUCUCGCCCAAACACGUACAUAAGUUCUGGUUACAGACCCGAGCAACCAAGGACCUUUCCGCAAAAUCUACAACCUCGUGCUCCUCAGCUAUACCAAAACCAAUACGGUUGGUUUAAUAAUGGUAACCCAAUCCCCCAAGUGUUCUCGUCCAGAUCGCUCACAUGGACUCAAAGGCCAAGUGUAGGAGCUACUCCUGUGGAAGUUGCUCAAGGCUUUCCGUAUAACCGUUACGUUACUCCUCCCACGGUUUUACAAGGCAAUUCACAGCAGACGUUUGCUGAUUAUACUCUAACAUCAUCUCACACUAAUGGUUACGCUAGAAAAUGUAGCUGGCCAAAUGCAGUUCCGUGUGGAACUCCUAAUCCUCCGGCGAAUCAGCAGCAACAACAACAACAAAGAAGAAGUGUCAACAAAGCACUGUCGGAGAUUGAAGACUGGCUCAUGGACAUUGGACAGUAUUGA